UGAAGGAGAGGAGGGGGCGGCGGCACACGAGUGGAAAUCCGCACCUUCAAGAGAUCGCCAUCACUUUUCCCCCUCGCGUGCAGUCCGUUAACCGCGGGGAGGCGAAUGCGGUGAAUUAUUUGGAGGCUCAGCAACAGGGCACACAGAGUACAAGGAUGCCGCUGAGUAUAUCAACCCCGCGCGCGGGGAGCUCCAGCGACUAGCGCCGCGCAAAGUAUCCAAAAAGGAGAAUGCGAAUGGUUAGAGAGGACAAGAUUCAAUUAACAUGGAAACGAUGUAGCUUCACCGCCGCAUUGCAUAUAGCUUGGGGAAACAGGUUAGAAAGUAGAUAGCUAAAUAGGGCGCAUUUUGCCGUCAUACAUGCAAACUUACUCAUCAUCAAGCUCAACUAGCCUGUAGUUGGCGGCAACAAAAGGAACAGCUGCUCGACAGUGUCUUCAGAUACCAAAGAAGACAGAAGAAUUAAAGAUGUUACGGAGGAGGCUCAACCGAUUGUGUGGAGGAGAUGAGAAGCGAGUGGACAGCAGGACAAUCUAUGUAGGACAUCGGCCAUGUCCGGACACCGAGGCCUUCAUCCUCUCUAAAUUCUGUGACAACAGGAUUGUGUCCUCCAAGUACACAGUGUGGAACUUCCUGCCAAAGAAUCUAUUCGAGCAGUUUAGAAGAAUUGCAAAUUUUUACUUCCUCAUCAUAUUCUUGGUGCAGGUGAUUGUUGAUACCCCGACCAGCCCCGUGACCAGUGGUUUACCUCUGUUUUUUGUCAUCACAGUGACGGCCAUCAAACAGGGUUAUGAGGACUGGCUGCGGCAUAAAGCAGACAACGAGGUGAAUAAGUACCCGGUGACUGUGUUAGAGGACGGCCGGUCGGUGAAGAAGGAGAGUGAGAAGAUCAAGGUGGGUGAUGUGGUUGAAGUGGUGGAAGACGAGACCUUUCCCUGUGACCUGAUUCUGUUGCAGUCCAGUCGAGAAGACGAUACUUGUUUUGUCACCACAGCCAGCUUGGAUGGAGAAUCCAACCACAAAACACACUACACAGUACCAGACACAGAGAUGGACCUGCAGGCUCUAACUGCCGCCAUCGAGUGUGAACAACCCCAGCCUGACCUCUACAAGUUUGUGGGUCGAAUGCACAUUUACAAGCCGGAGCAGGAGCCAGCAGUAAGAUCUUUGGGCCCAGAGAACCUUCUCCUAAAAGGUGCUACGUUGAAAAACACCAAGAAGAUUUAUGGUGUCGCAGUAUACACGGGCAUGGAGACGAAGAUGGCACUCAACUACCAGGGCAAAUCUCAGAAACGAUCAGCUGUUGAAAAAUCCAUCAAUGCCUUUUUGCUGGUGUAUCUGUGUAUCCUUAUCAGUAAAGCUGUUGUGUGUAAUACACUAAAGUAUGUAUGGCAGAGCAAAGACGGUCAGGAUGAGCCCUGGUACAACCAGAAAACUCAGAAGGAGAAAGACACUAAUAUGUAUUUGAAGAUGUUUACAGACUUCCUCUCCUUCAUGGUCCUCUUCAACUUUAUAAUCCCCGUGUCCAUGUACGUAACCGUGGAGAUGCAGAAAUUCCUCGGCUCUUUCUUUAUCACUUGGGAUAAAGACUUCUUUGACCCGGAGAUCCAAGAAGGCGCGCUUGUCAACACAUCAGACCUCAAUGAGGAACUUGGCCAGGUGGAAUAUGUAUUCACAGACAAGACGGGCACGCUGACUCAGAACAACAUGGAGUUCAUCGAGUGCUGUAUAGACGGCUUCCAGUACAAACACAGAGACACCCCGAGCGAGCUGGACGGCUUCACUGUGACGGACGGGCCUGUGAAUAAACUGCAGCAGAAGGCUGGACAGGAGAAAGAGGAGUUGUUCCUGCGGGCCUUGUGUCUGUGUCACACGGUGCAGGUGAAGGAGGCUGGAUCGGAAGAAGUGCUUACUGACCAAGUUGACGGGAUCGACGGGGUGCUGCCCCAGCCGGAGGAGGAAAGAGGCUUCAUCGCAUCAUCUCCUGAUGAGAUCGCACUGGUCAAAGGAGCCAUGAAUUAUGGCUUCACCUUCCUUGGUCUGGAGAGCAAGAACAUGAAGAUAAAGAACAGGGAAAAUGAUAUAGAGGAGUACAAGUUGCUCCAUGUCCUAAACUUUGACCCAGUUCGACGGAGAAUGAGCGUCAUCGUGCAGACCAAAUCAGGGGAGACUUUGCUUUUCUGUAAGGGAGCUGAUUCUUCCAUCUUCCCAAGAGUCAAAUCAGAGGAGGUGGACCGGAUUCGCAUGCACGUUGAGCGAAACGCAACGGAGGGUUACCGUACACUGUGUGUGGCCUAUAAGCAGCUGAGUGCUGAAGAAUAUGCUGUGGCAGACACUGGGCUGAGGGAGGCUAGACUGGCUCUCCAGGACAGAGAGGAGAAACUCAUGGCCAUGUAUAACCAGGUGGAAACAGGCAUGAGUUUGAUUGGAGCGACCGCUGUGGAGGACCGACUUCAGGAGGAGGCAGCAGAGACCAUGGAGGCCUUGCAGGGUGCUGGGAUGAAGGUUUGGGUGCUGACAGGUGACAAAAUGGAGACUGCAAAGUCUACCUGCUAUGCCUGUCGUCUGUUCCAGCGGGGUACAGAGCUACUGGAACUGACUGUGCGGACACUGGAAGAUGAGAGGUUAAAGCGUGAGGAGAAACUUCUUGAGUUGUUACGGGACUACCAUAAAAGAGCAGUGCAGGACGCCCCACCUGUCAAAGCUGGGGUCACCAGGAGCUGGUCUACUGCAAAUCAGGAUUACGGCUUCAUCGUAGAUGGGGCGACGUUGUCGUUAGUGAUGAACCCACCGCGUGAGGCUGAUGCCAGUCAGUACAGGAGCCUCUUUCUGCAGAUCUGCCAGAACUGCACUGCUGUGCUCUGCUGCCGCAUGGCCCCCCUGCAGAAAGCUCAGAUAGUGAAGAUGGUGAAGAACUCCAAAGGUUCUCCAAUCACUCUCUCCAUUGGCGAUGGGGCCAAUGAUGUUAGCAUGAUCCUUGAGGCACAUGUGGGCAUUGGUAUUAAAGGUAAGGAGGGCCGUCAAGCUGUGAGGAACAGUGACUACGCCAUUCCUAAACUAAAGCACUUAAAGAAGCUUUUGCUGGCUCAUGGGCAUCUCUACUAUGUGCGCAUUGCGCAUCUCGUCCAGUACUUCUUUUAUAAGAAUCUUUGCUUCAUCUUACCUCAGUUCCUGUACCAGUUUUUCUGUGGAUACUCUCAGCAGCCCCUGUACGACGCAGCCUAUCUGACGAUGUACAACAUCUGCUUCACCUCCAUGCCCAUUCUGGCCUACAGCCUGCUGGAACAGCACAUAUCCAUUGAGAUUCUGCUUGACAACGCCGCCCUCUACAGAGAAAUAGCCAAUAAUGCCAUGUUACGCUGGCGCCCCUUCCUCUACUGGACAGUAUUAGGAAUUUUUCAGGGUCUCCUGUUCUUCUUUGGUGUCCGUUUCCUGUUCAGCAAUCCAGCCUUACAAGAUAAUGGGCAGGUCUUUGGAAACUGGUCUUAUGGAACAAUUGUCUUUACCGUCCUUGUUUUUACUGUUACAUUGAAGCUGGCUCUGGACACACGGCACUGGACGUGGAUCAACCAUUUUGUGAUAUGGGGCUCUUUGGCUUUCUAUGUUUUCUUCAGUUUCUUCUGGGGAGGCAUCAUAUGGCCGUUUUUGAAGCAGCAGCGUUUGUACUUUGUGUUUGCCAACAUGCUGAGUUCGGUGUCUGCCUGGCUGGUUAUCAUCAUCCUCAUCCUCCUCAGUCUGCUGCCAGAGAUCCUUUUGGUGGUCCUUCGCAAGCCCAGAGGCCCCCAUUCACGACAGAAAAAGCCAAGUCAGUCGAAUGUGGGGGGCAACCAGUCCUCUCUGUCUUCAGCCAGACCCCUGCUCAUGAGAACCUUUUCAGACGAGUCCAAUUCUGUCAUAUAAGCAGCUGUCAGAGGAUUCCUCGACUGACACAUACAGAUGGCUGCUGUCACACCUCUCUCCUACAAGCAUCUGAAGGAGCGCUACUGAUGGGCACGGACAGCCUUGGGUUAAGACUACUGACCGGACCCUCACAUCUGCCGGGCUUCUUCCUGCCUGUUUAAAUGGAACCAAUUUAAACUGCUUUUCUGUUACAUCUUAUCCUAAAGCCUUCCAUUCCAGCACGAUUCCUCAAGAUUUGUUUUCACACCGUUUUCUGCCCUGCCCUACUGCCAGACUCUCAUAUUCAACCCUACGGGAUGAAUGUGUCGCUGGCUAAGUCGUCAGUAGCGCUCGACUGCUACAGAAUGUACCAACAUCUUUAUUGGUUCUCUUGCAUGAUCGUCCCAAAAAAGUCCCAUAAAUGCCACUCUCCAUACUUUGUAGGCAGACAGUCGCCCCCUUUUGUGAUCGGUUACCAGGUGUGAUCACAAUCCCAAAUCGUAGUUUAGAGUUUUGUGAUAUGUAGCUGUUCGAGAUCCCUAAAUGUGAGCUCUCUCUAAGAUGCUGCACUGCGGGCCCUGACCCUAUGGGUAUAAAAGCUGCCUUUCAACAACUUGCUGUUUGUUCGACCACAUGGAGUUCUGGGAUAUCCCACGGAGCCCAACGACUCCGUAUGUGUACGUACGUGUGUGUGUGUGUGUGAGAAAUCGAAAAUCAAUUUCAGAUUUUCUUCUUAUUGUCACAGUCUUUCGGUGUUACUCUUUGUUGAAACGGGGAUCAGUUUACAGUUGGGUUACAAAUUGUACAAGUGAAAAAAAGUGUGGAAAAUGUUGCUUGAUGCCAAAAAAAAAAAAAGGAGAGAGAAUCCAUUAAAAUGGGCGACCGGCUAUCUUCAGUUUUUCCUUGAGGGAUGCAUUAUCCAUUGCUACGGCAUAUGCUAGGAUUGGUUCUCGAUGCAAAGUUAAUAGCAUAUAUCAGAGUCAGUCCGAGUUAAGCAUCCAUUUACUGUUGAGCCAUUAUUGACUUGUAUAUCGAAUGUGUCAGCUUUACAUACCAGGCCAGUACUCCACAACACGCUUUAACAUCCACGUGCACACGUUUCACUUUUGAGGAAACUGAAUGAAUCAUUUGUGAGCUGUGGAGCUUAGAGUGGUGAAAUAGGUGCUUUGGAUCCGAUGCAUAUUGAAAGUCAUGUCUGCCCUCUAGUGGUUUGGAGGGCAUGUAAUCUUCAUUCUACUUUCUUCACUUCUGAAUACAUUCCAUUUCUAUGUGCCAUAAUUUCAAUCACUUUUUAGAUUAUAAUUGAAUUAUUUGUGAUUUCUAUUUGACAUAUUUAUUGUACAUUGUAAUUAUUCUCACAAAUGUUGUAUUUUUGUCCGAGGUAUUUUUUUUCUCUUAAAUUAAUCAUGAUCAGCUUGUGCCAACUGAUUUUUUUUUUUUUUUAAACCUGUGCAAUCCGCUGUUGAACAGAUUGGGUUUCUAUAUCCAGACCCUGUAGACCAGCAGCUCUGGGCUCUUUCUCUGAUCAGAGAUCAGUCCUAUAGACCCUCCCUUAAUACUGUAUAUGGUGUGAAUGCAGCUGAAAUCUGUGUCCCUUUAAUAUGAAUGAUCUAUUCCAUUCUUCUUUCUGCUUGUAUCCCAAAAUGGGUGUUAAAAGAGCCACUGCCUGGCAUGUUCUGUAAUCGGGCACACUUUUAUGUUAUGUUUCUCCUAAAACAAUGCCAUAUGAAAGAUGCCCCAUUCCUGGUUCAGCUGUCAUCAAGCGUGUAUGUGGAUUAUCCGAGGGAAAGUGGUGUGUGUUAGACCUCUGACUGUGUCAUGAUGCUAAGCAUCUUAAGCUCAGCUCCCAAUCUUGGGCCGGGCUUAAUCCAGCUGUAUCACAGCCCCGCGUAACCGCCAGGCCUUCUUUUAAUUUCUGAUUACAUCAUGAAUUAGCUUUGCAGAGAAGAUAUAUCAGAGCUCUAUUUACAUUUGCUUUCAGCUGGACAGGAGAGGCCAGUUGGUGUGAUGUUUCAUUGUGAGCAUUAGUCCCAACAUGAGCCCAUUUUUGUUUUUCUCGGUGCAUGUGUGAUUACUAAUGCCACCACUGGACUGAACCCUGGUGAGCACAUACACACUCACACCAAGAUGACACAUCCAUGUGUUUGUUCAGCUCAGUUUGGGAGGGGAAAACAGAACUUGCCUGCAAUGUUUGAAAUUUCCAAACAGACCUUUAAAUUACUUCAGAGAUGCUAUUUUCAAAGCUUAUAAUAAUUCUUGGAUUCUCAUGUUGCCUGAAAUAUAUAUAUAUAUAAAUAUUUGAUUGUAUUUUUAAUGAAACUUUUUGAGCCACUUUUUUGUAAGAAAAAGAAAACGUCCAAAAACAAAAAAAAAAAAAAAAGGCUGAGAAAGGCGGCCUGAUUGUGGAGCGUGAGGCAGGGCUUCGGUGCGUUGCUGUGAAAGAAUCAGGCACUAGCACGGUCAGCCCUGCUUCCUCCAUCCUGUCCCUCAGGCUCCAGCUGAUCUGAAUGUACCUCUCAAGACCAGUCUGUUUCAAAUUUUUUCUUUAAUAAAAGCUGUU